GCCGCCUCCGGGUCCCAGCCACAUUCCAGAUGGCUGGGCUGACUUGAAGUCCUUAUAAGGCUGGGAGAUGCGCGCCCGCCUGGCCUCCCGCCCCCGUAGCCUCCGCCCAGGGCCCUCCCGCCCGCCACGCCGCUGCCGACGGGCGAGGGUAAGGUUAAGAUCACACACGCCCACGCCGGCCCGAGGGGCAUGCGCUUUCGCCGCGCAGCCGUUGUUUCGGCCUCCGCAGUUAGGGGACCAGGAGAGGGGGCGGGGCUGCCCUGGGGUCACCUCCCGGACCUGCCCCCGAUUGAGAGGCGCGCCCAGCCUGCGGAGUCUCCAGGCGGGUUCUGGGUUUCUGACUUCAUCUGCUUCCACAUCCGGAUCUUUCUCCGUCGGGGUCCUCAGCUAAGACCACUGCCAUGCCGGUGACGGUGACCCGCACGACCAUCACGACCACCACCACGUCAUCAUCCUCAGGCCUGGGCUCCCCGACCAUUCUGGGGUCCCCUCGGGCACUGACUCAGCCCCUGGGCCUCCUCCGCCUACUACAGCUGGUUUCCACCUGUGUGGCCUUCUCACUGGUGGCCAGCGUGAACGCUUAUAAUGGGUUCAUGGGGAACUGGUGCAUGUUCGCCUGGUGCUUUUGUUUUGCUGUGACCCUCCUCAUUAUCAUCGUGGAGGUCGGUGGGCUCCAGCCACGCUUCCCACUGUCCUGGCGCAACUUCCCCAUCACCUACGCCUGCUACGCCGCCCUCUUCUGCCUCUCGGCCUCCGUCAUCUACCCCAGCACCUACGUCCAGUUCAUACCUUCUGGUCGCACAAGGGACCACGCCAUUGCUGCCACCGUCUUCUCGUGCAUCGCUUGUGUGGCUUAUGCCACUGAGGUUGCCUGGACCCGGGCCCGGCCCGGCGAGAUCACUGGCUACAUGGCUACGGUGCCAGGCCUGCUCAAAGUGGUUGAGACUUUCGUGGCCUGCAUCAUCUUUGCCUUCAUCAUCGACUCUCGACUGUACAAGUACAAGCCGGCCCUGGAAUGGUGCGUGGCCGUCUAUGCCAUCUGCUUCAUCUUGGCGGCCGUGGCCAUCCUGCUGAACCUGGGCGACUGCACCAACAUGCUGCCCAUCCCCUUCCCCACUUUCCUGUCUGGGCUGGCCCUGCUCUCCGUCCUCUUCUAUGCCUCUGCAAUGGUACUCUGGCCUCUCUACCAGUUCGACGAGAAGUACGGUGGCCAGCCCCAUCGAUGGAAGGAUUUAAACUGCAAAAAGAGUCACCCCUACUAUGUGUGCGACUGGGACUGCUGCCUGGCUGUGGCCAUCUUGACAGCCAUCAACCUGCUGGCGUACGUGGCCGACCUGGUGUACUCAACCCGCCUGGUCUUUGUCAGGGUCUGAGGCUCUGACCAGGAGCUCCCAAUUCCUUCCUCUCUCCACAGGUUUCUUCACUGAGUUCUGAUGUCCUCUUCCUGGCUCCCCUCUCCUCCCUUAUCUCCUUCCUCAUUCAGCUCCCUCUCUUCUGUUUCAUUCACUCCUGCUCUCCCUGGUCUUGUUUAUCAGUCUCCUCCCCUUCCUGUUUUGUUUGGUUGCCCACUUUCUGUUUUGUCUACAUUUUGCCUUUCUUUUUCCACUCUCUUUUCUACUUGGUUUGUUGUUUGGUUCUUUUCUGGCUGUCCUGUUUGUUUUCUCAUCGGCCUGUUUCCUUUUCCCAUUUUCUUUCUUUUGAUUUCCUUGCCAGCCCUGAAACCUCUUUGUCCCCCUCCCCGCCCACCUCCAAAGGUGCUGAACUCCACAUGCCACACCCCUCUUUGCAGCUGUUCAGACCCUGGGCCUCCUGAGGGGCCUCAUUGCCAAAGCAUGCCUGCUCCGCCUGGCUGUGCCUUUGUAGGUGUGUGUGUGUGUGUGUGUGUGUGUGUGUGUGUGUGUAUUUUGGGUGGGGGGAUAGCUAGGGAUUGGGUAUGUACAGUGUACCUCCCCUUUGAAUUAAAAAAAAAAAUUCCUAGAGGUCAAUCAUUUCCAGUGGGCUGGAGGCUUAACGUACAUUCCCUGGGUCCCUAGGCCCCACCUGGCACUUAGCCUCACCUGAGAUUGGCUCUAGAAUUUUUGCCAGGCUUACUAAAAACCCACUGCCUAGAGGCCAUCUUAAAGGAAGCGAGGGUGGUGGAUGCUACCCCAACUACUACUCCCUAGGGUAUUAAGAAAGGAGCCGGCAAAGAACCAUAAUGUCUUGAAAGCAACUAUCUGAAGUAUUUGUGAUGGGCAGUGAUAUGGCCCUCCAGCCUCAGUGUUUAAAAUAGCAUGUACUGCCUUUGCUGCGAGGAGAAAAUGGCCACUGCUGGCCUUAAAGGGGAUGUUAACCUGGUUUUUGUUUUUGUUUUUUCUUUUCUUUUUCCUGGUUGCUAGGGCAAACAUUACUGGGUGGACCUAUUCUUAAAGGGGACAUUUAUUUUCAAUUUUUUUUUUUAAUUUGUGGGUGGGUUGGGUAGGUGGGGAUUGCUGCUGCCAUAAUCCGAGGAAUUGCAUUGCUUGAGUGUGUGAUACACAUACACGUUUCUGUGUGCUAGUUGCUUUCUGCUGCUGCUUCCUGCUUCUCUGGGACUCACACGCAUAACAUGAUAUAUAUUUUUUUAUUUUAUUUUUUAUUCCCUGGAGCUUCUGGUUCCCAUCAGCCCCUGCUGUCAAUCAUAGAGGGAGGCCUUGUCCCUUCCCCACUACCAUACCCACGUGUCUUUUGUUUUUUGGUUUUUUUUUACCUCGAUAUAAAGAUAAAAGGAA